GGGUUCUACAAUGAGAGGCAUCAAAAUCUUCUCUUCUCAAAAGAAAACACCAAAAUUUCCAAGGUUUCAGAAUCCUAACAUUUUCCAGUUCAAAAAAACAAAAGCAUGGAUGAGAAAAAAAUUCACAUAGUAAUGUAUCCAUGGUUUGCCUUGGGCCAUCUCACCGCAUUUCUUCAUCUCUCAAACAAACUUGCAGAAAAAGGCCACAAAAUUUCAUUUCUCUUACCAUCAAAAACCAUCUCAAAAAUUCACCAAUUCAAUCUCCAUCAACAUCUCAUAACCUUCAUUCCGAUCACUCUGCCACGCGUCGACGGGCUACCUCCGGACACGGAAACAACAUCAGACGUUCCUUUCCCACUUCAUCAUCUUUUAAUGACUGCCAUGGAUCUCACAGAGCCCGUCAUUGAAGCUCAUCUCAUUAACCUGAAACCUGAUUUUGCCUUCUUUGAUUUCACUUACUGGCUGCCAGCUUUGUCCCGAAGGCUUGGCGUUAAAUCUUUUCUUUAUUGCACUAUUAGCCCUGCUACAGUUGGUUACUUGCUUAGUCCUGAAAGAAUAUUGCUUGAGAAAACUUUAACACCGGUUGACCUGAUGAAGCCUCCACAGAAUUUCCCACCAUCGUCGAUUAAGCUGCGCGCUCACGAAGCUCGAGAAUUGGCGACCGUGACGAAAAAACCAUACGGCAGUAACAGCGUUUCAUUCCUGGAACGUCUAUUGCGUUCCUUGAGCGAGUGCGAUGCUAUCGGUUUUAAAACAUGUAUGGAGAUGGAAGGACCUUAUUGUCAUUAUGUUGAGCAGCAAUUCGGCAAGCCGGUGUUUCUGGCAGGUCCUGUAGUGCCAGAAUCGCCAAUUUCAGAGCUGGAUGAGCAAGUUGCCAAGUUCUUGGAUAGCUAUGAAGCAAGAAGUGUCAUAUUUUGUGCUUUCGGGAGUGAAUGUAUUCUUAAAAAAGAUCAGUUUCAAGAAUUACUAUUAGGUUUCGAGCUGUCAGGUUUACCCUUUCUAGCUGCCCUGAAGCCACCAAUCGAAGCUGAAGAAACAAUUGAGUCAGCUUUACCGACAGGUUUUGAAGAGAGAGUGAAAGGAAAAGGAUUUAUUUACGGCGGUUGGGUUCAACAACAACUGAUCUUGAAGCACCCUUCUGUCGGGUGCUUCGUAACACAUUGUGGUUCAGGAUCUUUGUCGGAGGCUAUGGUGAAUACAUGUCAAUUAGUACUUCUACCGAACGUCGGAGAUCAAAUAAUCAACGCGAGGUUGAUGGCAGGGGAUCUCAAAGUUGGCGUUGAAGUCGCGAAAGGCGAAGAAGAUGGAUUGUUCACGAGAUAUGGCAUUUGCGAGGCGGUAAAAGCUGUGAUGGAUGGUGAUAGUGAGGUUGCAAAAGAGGUGAGGAAAAACCAUAAGAAGUGGAGAGAGUUGUUGUUGAGCAAUGGACUUGAAAGCUCUUACAUUGAUGCUUUUGUUAAUAAGUUGCAUACCUACUUAUGUUGAUCGGAUAUUAAAAAAAGAUAUUGCUAAGUACUCUUAAAUUACAUUAUUUUCAUUAGCGUAAUCACAAGUACAAGAAAAAAAGAGAAAUGUAGUAAAUAAAUUGAAGAAGAAAAAAAGAGAGCGGAAAAAGAAUACUAGUGGAAGGUGAGGGAGCGCCCUUCCUACCUUUAUGUAAUUUCACAAUAA